AUGCGCGCUCCGCCGCCGCCGCCACCGCCGCCGCUGCUGCUGCUGAUCCUGCUGCUGGCCUCCUGCACGCCGCCCGCCUGCGCAGCGGCCGCCCCGACGCCCCCGGGCUGGGAGCCGGGGGCCGACGCGCCUUGGUGCCCCUACAAGGUGCUUCCUGAGGGCUCAGAGGCGGGAGGCGGGCGCCUGUGCUUCCGCAGCCCUGCGCGCGGCUUCAGCUGCCAGGCGCCCGGCUGCGCGGUGCACGCCUCGGCCGGGCACUUGCUGCGCGCCAGCGUCCUGCGCAACCGCAGCGUGCUGCUGCAGUGGCGCCUGCCGCCGGCCCAGGCGCUCCGCGUGCGCGCCUUCGCGCUCAACUGCUCGUGGCGCGGCGCCUACACGCGCUUCCCCUGCGAGCGCGUGCUGCUCGGCGCCUCCUGUCGCGACUACCUGCUGCCCGACGUGCACGACGGCGUGCGCUACCGUCUGUGCCUCCAGCUGCUGCCCCUGCGCGCCGAGCACGCCGCCGCCGCCCCGGAGCCCUCUGGGCCCACCGAAUGCGUGGAGUUCGCCGCGGAGCCGGCUGGCAUGCGAGAGAUCGUUGUGGCCAUGACGGCGGUGGGCGGCUCCAUCUGCGUCAUGCUCGUGGUCAUCUGCCUGCUCGUGGCCUACAUCACAGAGAACCUCAUGCACCCGGCCUUCGGGCGCCCGGGCCUGCGCAGGCAGCCCUGAAGCUGGAGGUGGCCACCUGCUGGGGCUCUAUCCACCGACAAAUGCCAGGGAGGACCCAGGCCCACUCUCCCCCCCUGGCUCCUGCUGCCUUCUUAGGAGCGCCGCGCAGGGCCUGCUGGAGAUGCGUAGGGCACCGGCUGGCCUGCUCCAGGGCCUUGGAGUCAUCGAAGGACUUUACCAGCCCGGCGUCCGCUUCCCAGAAUCCAGUUUGGAACUGUCCCUUGGGCCUGAGCAGAGGUGCCAGCCGCAUCGAGGGCUCUUUCUGCUCUCCAGAGGCCUUUAUAGGGGCCGUCAGGACACAGAGCCCCUUCUCCUGAGAGCCACUAGCACGCCGGGUCACCACCCUGCCCCUGCAGCCUGUGCCAAGCUGGAAAACCCAGGCUGUCGUCAUUGCUUGGCCACUGUGCGCUUUGCCAGCUCCAGGCCCCCUUGGAGCUCCUCCUCGUCCCACCGCACCCCCGCGGGCCUAGGUUGGCUUUGUGCCUUCGUGUCUCCGGCCCGCUGCGGGAGCCGGCCACCCCGUCCCGCCAUGUCCGAGGGCGUCUGUUGCCCUGAGAUGGGCGGGCGGGCUGUCUUUCCGGCUAGGGUCCUCCUGGGGACCCCCGCUUCAAGCUUUCCAGGAGCCUUUGUAAACUGCGUCCCGCCAUGUGUCCCUGCGGGGGUGUAUGAGGAGCGGGGAGCCAGGAUGCAGUGCGGGCGCGGGGCUUGGCUUCUCGCUGCUGCAGGGUGAGUGUUCUCUGACCCUUGGGGGAGGCUGGUCGUUCUCCAGGGCAGGGUGCCCUCCCCCCCGUUUUCAUUUUGCAGCGCUGCCUCUCAGGAGGACUCGCCUUGGGGAGCACGGCAGGUGGCUAGGAAGUGGGAGCCCGGAGGCGGAGGGCGGCCUUGCACGGCGGUUGGGAUCCCAGGCCUCGGCCACAGCACGCAGACAGCACGCCCUCCUGGGCUGGGGGCCCGGGGG